UUUUUUUUUUUUUUUUUGCAGGAAGUUUAAGUGUAAUUCGAGCCAAAUAUUUAAGCAUUAAUUGCUGAGGUUUGCAAGGCUUCCCGGGAAACAACGGGCUCUCGGUGUGAGCCUGGGUUUAACGGGUGGCUGCGAGGCGCACUUCUGCGGCACCAGGACGCAGGAAUGACACGUCCCCGUUCCAAUGCGGCGCAACGUUUAAAGGAGUGAAAAUGGACCCGUUAACUUUAACAGCGGGGUAGGAAGAGAGAAAAAAAAAGCGUCUGGCAAACAGUCGAUAUUUUUUUUUUUAAAAAACAUGCAAAGGGAGACAAGCUUGGGGCCUUCCAGAGUCAGGAAAAAGACUUCGGAGAGCUGCAGACAGGACAUGGCUGCAGCCGAUCCCGAUAGCCAGCCCGCACACCACGGCCAGCCUGUGGCACAAGAGAACGGCUCCCUGGAGGACAUGGAAGAGGACAUCAGUUUGAAGAAGCGUAAAGGUGAACAUCAUGGUGAGAAAGAGCUGCAGGCAGGCCCGGAAACUGGCGAAAAGGUCAAAAGGAAGCGAGGGCGCCCUCCGGCUGAGAAGCUGCCUCCAAAUCCUCCUGAACUCACCAGAACCCUGAACACGCUGGUGGAUAUGGUCAUCAACUACAAGGACGGGUUGGGACGACAGAUCAGUAAAGGCUUUGUGCAGCUUCCCUCUAAGAAGGAAGUACCUGAGUAUUACGAGCUCAUCCGAAAACCCGUCGACUUCAGGAGGAUCAGGGAGCGUGUGCGAAAUCACAAGUACAGAAGUGUUGGGGACUUGGAAAAGGAUAUUUUCCUUCUGUGUCACAAUGCUCAGACCUACAACCUAGAGGGAUCUCAGAUCUAUGAGGAUUCAAUCGUCAUCAAGUCUGUCUUUGAGAGUGCAAGACAGAGAAUCGUCACUGACGAGGAGCGGAAAGAGACGGUUAGCACCAGUCACAGCAAUAAUGGCGGAGGAGCUGAAGAUCAAUUUGUUCCAUCAACAGUGAAACCAUUAGCGGUUCAGAUAAAAAAGGUGGCUAAGGAGGAGAAACGCAGAAAUACCAUGACCAAGAUGCUUCACAGUGAUUUAGACAGCGAUGAGGAUCCAGAGGAUAACACCACAAAAGAUGAGGGUUGAGCUGGAGGACCAUCUCCUUUUUGUAUUCUUGUUCAUGUCUCACUUUGCCACAUCCCUUUACAUUUCUUUCUUUUUUUUCUUUUAAUCAAAAGAAAGGUCUAUGAAAACAAAAGUGGAAGGACCACUCAAAAAAAGAAAAAGAGUCACUGGCCAAACGGUGCUUUUACCUAAAAAUGACUCACCUUUCAAAAAACAUGUUGCUGCACAAAGUGCUGUUCUUUCAUUCAGCUGGUCUUUAAACAUUUUUAUCUGCUUUGGUUCCUGUGAUUGCUUCUGCAGAUAUUAUGUAAAACACCUCUCUCAUGACUGUUUUAAACGAGUAUCUUUGAUUGUAUGAAAUGCCUUCAUUUGUCCUUGGAGCAUGUAAUUUAUCUGGCUCUCUGAGAAGAGCAGAAGUUGAUGAGAAAGUUGAUGUGUUCAGGACUACAGAAUUGAAGCACAGAAAAGUCUUUUUAAAGAAACCACGAGAAAACUUAACAAUGUACAUAUGUUUAAAAUGAGUGGUUUUAGAGAUGAUGCAUCUUUGAUUGGGGUGGGGGGGUGCAAGUAAUACGUUGAAGUGAUUUUACAAACACAAUUUCGCAUUUUAUCUGUUUCCGAUUCUCGAUGGAAUCAUUUUAUGGUCAUACCAAGGAUGCUCAAGUUGAACAUUUAUAUCUCUUGUGCUUCAGUAUAUCAACAUAUUGUAUAGUUUGUGUGAAAAGAAACUUUUCAUUUACUCUCCUAACUCUUGGGGAGGAUGGAAGACAUCAUUGUUAAGACAAUCCCUCUAAACAUGUAUCACUUGCAAAAUAAAUUUUACCAUAAAGUCCUCAGAUUGUUGAUUAUUGCUGUCAGAUCAUGAAUUGUAUUACAUGUCUAACAUUGCUGUUUAUAAUUAAAGUUGAA